AUGAGCCAAGAAGCAUCACAUCAACCGACCGCCGCCGGCGACGAAUCAUCUAAUACUAGGGGAAAUAAUUUCAGGAAAGUUUCCCUUAUACCCCUUAUAUUCCUGAUUUUUUAUGAGGUUUCUGGAGGGCCAUUUGGCGUCGAGGACAGUGUUCAAGCAGCCGGUCCCCUUCUGGGCUUUGUAGUCUUCCCGUUCAUAUGGAGCAUUCCUGAAGCUCUAAUUACUGCAGAGAUGGGUACCAUGUUCCCUGAAGAUGGUGGUUAUGUUGUUUGGGUUUCGUCUGCCUUGGGCCCAUACUGGGGUUUCCAGCAAGGUUGCAUGAAAUGGCUGAGUGGGGUUAUUGAUAAUGCUCUGUACCCAGUUCUGUCUCUUGACUAUCUGAAGUCAGCGAUUCCGGCUUUAGAUGGUGGCUGGCCCAGGGUUGUGGCAUCAUUAGCUUUAGCUUUUGUCCUCACUUACAUGAACUAUAGGGGUUUAACAAUUGUGGGAUGGACGGCUGUUCUGUUGGGUGUGUUUUCAAUCCUUCCAUUCGUGGUUAUGGGACUUGUGGCAAUUCCGAAGUUGGAGCCUUCAAGAUGGUUGGUGGUAAAUCUGCAUGAUGUGAACUGGAAUUUGUAUUUGAACACUUUAUUUUGGAAUCUAAAUUAUUGGGAUUCAGUGAGUACACUUGCUGGAGAGGUGAGACCCAUUUUUCAUAUGAUAAAUAAAUUUGGAUUGUGA